AUGAAAACUAAUUGGAAUUGUUUUGGCUCCAAAAUAACUAUAAUAAUGGUUUCUUUUAGUUGUAUUGUUUAUUUAAAUAAUAAAAAAGAUGAAAUUAAAUUUGAGUCAGUUAACAGAAUAUAUGAUGUUUUAAAAAUAAUAGCAGAAUAUAUUAGCGAUAAUGGAGUACAAUAUAAAACAAAAGAUUUAUCAAUCUUCGAUAAACAACCAGUAGGUGAUGGAUUGGGGGAAAAAGAAUUGGAUAUCGAAACCAAAUUAAAUGAAAACAAUAUUCCAACUCAUAUUUAUGUUUUAUAUGAACCAAAGAAGAAUAUUUUGUAUGAACCAAAGAAGGAUAUUUUUGCUAAUGCUUUACCUCCUUUGGGUGAGAAGUCAGGCUCAAUGUCAAAUCCAUCUGUUGGGAAAAAUCAUCAACCUGCAACUUUGGUAUCGAAAAGUUUUGAAAUUUUAGCAGACAUAAAACCAAUUCCAUGCCACAAUUUAUUAUGGGGGUCUCUUGGAAACGGAAGCUACCUCCAUUACUCCACAGAAUCCGACAUUGCUUUUUAUGUUAGAACCGCAGUUAAUGACAUUAUCAAAUCAUGUGGUAUAAAUGCAUAUUGUUCAAGCUAUUUUGGUGUUAGUGAUUUGAAACCUGAUAUUAUGGUACUUGCAAAUUCAAUUGGGUUACCUAUAGGUAUUAUUGAAGUUAAAAAGCCAAGUAAAAACAUUAUGGAGAAUGAUAAGCUUCAUGGCCAAACGUUGAAUUACGUGUUAAGUAUCGCUGAAAUGUAUGGUCAGGAAGAUGUUUAUGGUAUUUCAACAACAUAUGAGAGCUGGAGGGUAUGUUGGUUACCUAUUUCAGAUGGAUCUGCCCAAGCUUCCAAAUUGGGAUUAACAAAUGAAUCUACUACCACUCUUCAGAAACCAGAUACUUAA